AUGUCGAAGACCCACAGUGCAACUGCACAUCACCACCACCAUCAUGAAUCCUCAAAGAAGAACCAUAAAGAAACACCACACAAGUUACUAGACACGCCUCCAUAUUCUAACAUCUACUUUAUGGGUGAUGGCUUCGAGAGACUCUCACCCCAACCUCAAGCAAAUGUUAGAGUCACAAACUAUUAUGAUCGUAAGCAGAAGUAUGGGUUCAUACAAAAUGAGGACGACGUAGACACUAAUGUGGAUGCGGAAGCUGCAAAUUUUAUUGAAUCCACGCACAGAAAGUUUGAACUUAGGAAAUCCAUUACUAUUACACGAGGUUAA